GCUGCUGAAAAUGGCCCUCUCAGUGGACUCGUCUCGGCACCGGUGGCAGUGGCGAAUCAGAGAUGGCCUCCCCCAGUCUCCUUCAGAAGCCACACCACUGCUGUCCCCAGAGAAGGAGAGGCAGAGCUACAACCUAACGCAGCAGCGGGUUGUGUUCCCCAACAACAGCAUAUUCCACCAAGACUGGGAAAAGGUCUCCAGGAGAUACCUGGGAAACAGAAUCCGCACGACCAAAUAUACCCUCCUCACCUUCCUGCCCCAGAAUCUCUUUGAGCAGUUUCACAGAUGGGCUAACCUCUAUUUCCUGUUCCUGGUGAUUCUGAACUGGAUGCCCUCCAUAGAAGUCUUCCACAGGGAAAUCACCAUGUUACCACUGGCCGUUGUCCUGUUCAUCAUCAUGGUCAAGGACGGCAUGGAGGACUACAAAAGACACCGCUUUGAUAGAGAGAUAAACUGCUCCAACAUCCAAAUAUAUGAAAGAAAAGAGCAGAGCUACGUGCAGAAGCGCUGGAAGGAUGUGUGUGUGGGAGACUUCGUCCAGAUGCAGUGCAAUGAGAUCAUCCCAGCAGACAUCCUCCUCCUCUUCUCCUCGGACCCCAGCGGGAUCUGCCACCUAGAAACCGCCAACUUGGAUGGAGAGACAAACCUCAAACAAAGGCGUGUUGUGAGGGGCUUCUCACAGCAGGAAAAACAGUUUGAACCAGAACGUUUCAACAACACCAUCGUGUGUGAGAAACCCAACAACCACCUCAACAAAUUUAAGGGUUAUCUGGAGCAUCCUAACCAGUCCAGGACCGGCUUUGGCAGUGAGAGUCUUCUGCUUCGAGGCUGCACCAUCAGGAACACCGAAGUUGCUGUUGGCAUUGUCAUCUAUGCAGGCCAUGAGACAAAAGCCAUGCUGAACAACAGUGGCCCACGGUACAAACGCAGCAAGAUCGAGCGGCGCAUGAACAUCGACAUCUUCUUCUGUAUCGGGCUCCUCUUCCUCAUGUGCCUCAUUGGAGCUGUAGGUCACACCCUCUGGAAUGGGACCUUUAGUGAACACCCUCCCUUCGAUGUGCCAGAUGCUGAUGGCAGCUUUGUUCCCCUUGCUCUUGGGGGCUUCUACAUGUUCCUCACAAUGAUCAUCCUGCUCCAGGUGCUGAUCCCAGUCUCCCUGUACGUGUCCAUUGAGCUGGUGAAGCUCGGGCAAGUCUGGUUCCUGCACAACGACCUUGACCUGUAUGAUGAGGAGUCCGAUUUGUCCAUUCAGUGUCGAGCCCUCAAUGUCACCGAGGACUUGGGCCAGAUCCAGUACAUCUUCUCUGACAAGACAGGGACGCUGACUGAGAACAAGAUGGUGUUCCGGCGUUGUACCAUCAUGGGUAGCGAGUAUUCUCACCAAGAAAAUGCCAAGCGACUGGAGACCCCAAAGGAGCUGGACUCAGACAGUGAAGAGUGGACCCAAUACCGCUGGCUGUCCUUCCCAGCCAGAUGGGCCCAGGGCCCAGCAACGAUGAGAGGCCAAAGAGGGGCCCAGUCUCUGAGGAGGUGCCACAGUGCCCGGGUACCCCUCCAAGGACACUCCCGACAAAGGUCCAUGGGGCGCCGUGAAAGUGCAUUGUCUCCUGUGGCCUUCAGCAGCUCCAUAGAAAAAGAUGUGACUCCAGAUAAAAACCUACUGACCAAGGUGCGAGAUGCUGCCCUGUGGCUGGAGACCUUGUCAGACACCAGGCCUGCCAAGUCUUCCCUCUCCACGACCUCCUCCAUUGCUGACUUCUUCCUGGCCCUAACCAUCUGCAACUCCGUCAUGGUCUCCACAACCACCGAACCCAGGCAGAGGGUCACCGUGCCACCCUCGACCAAGGCUCUCGGGAUGUCCCUGGAGAAGAUUCAGCAGCUCUUCCAGAGGUUGAAGCUUUUGAACCUCAGCCAGUCAUUCUCAUCUACUGUGCCCUCUGACACUGACCUGGGGGAGAGUUUGGGGACCAACAUGCCCAUCACGGACUCUGAUGAGAGAGACGACACGUCUGUGUGCAGUGGAGACUACUCCACUGAUGGCGGCUAUAGGAGCAGCACGUGGGACCAGGGCAACAUCCUGGGGUCUGGGUCGGGCGCUUCCUUGGAGGUGGUGCUGGAGGCCCCAGGCCUAGGCCUGGCCAGCCCCGAGCUCUGUUACGAGGCCGAGAGCCCAGAUGAGGCUGCCCUGGUGCAUGCCACCCAUGCCUACAGCUUCACGCUGGUGUCCCGGACGCCCGAGCAGGUGACUGUGCGCUUGCCCCAGGGCACCUGCCUGACCUUUGACGUCCUCUGCACCCUGGGUUUCGACUCUGUCAGGAAGAGAAUGUCUGUGGUUGUGAGGCACCCGCUGACAGGUGAAAUCGUUGUCUACACCAAGGGUGCUGACUCGGUUAUCAUGGACCUGCUGGAAGACCCAGCCUGCGCAACUGACACUGAUAUGGAAAAGAAGGUGAGGAAAAUCCGAGCCCGGACCCAGAAGCAUCUAGACUUGUAUGCAAGAGAUGGCCUUCGAACACUGUGCAUCGCCAAAAAGGUUGUAAGUGAAGAGGACUUCCAGCGAUGGGCCAGUUUCUGGCGUGAGGCUGAGGCGUCCCUCGACAACAGAGACGAGCUUCUAAUGCAGGCGGCAGAGCAUCUGGAGAAUCAACUCACCUUGCUCGGAGCCACAGGGAUUGAAGACCGGCUGCAGGAAGGAGUUCCAGACACAAUUGCUGCUCUGCGGGAGGCGGGGAUCCAGCUCUGGGUCUUGACUGGAGAUAAGCAGGAGACAGCGGUCAACAUCGCCUAUUCCUGCAGACUGUUAGAUCAGACCGACACUGUUUACUCCAUUAAUACAGAGAGUCAGGAAACCUGUGAAUCCAUCCUCAACUGUGCCUUGGAAGAGGUAAAGCAAUUUCAUGAACUGCGAAAGCCAGACCGCAAGCUCUUCGGGUUCCGCCUACCUUCUGAGACAUCACCGCCCACCUCAGAAGCUACAGCUCCAAACAUUGGAUUGGUCAUCGAUGGGAAGACAUUGAAUGCCAUUUUCCAGGGAAAGCUGGAGGAGAAGUUUCUGGAGUUGACUCAGUAUUGCCGGUCUGUCCUGUGCUGCCGCUCCACCCCCCUCCAGAAGAGUAUGGUAGUCAAGUUGGUGCGAGACAAGUUGAGCGUCAUGACCCUUUCCAUAGGUACCCGUCAUGCUGACACUGCCCUCAAGGGAGCCUCUUCAGUGCAUUGGCAGCAUGGAUGGAAACUGAUGUCUGCUGUGCCCUCUCAGGCCGUCAUGUCCAGCGACUUUGCCAUCUCCCACUUCAGACACCUCAAGAAGCUGCUGCUUGUGCACGGCCACUGGUGUUACUCACGCAUGGCCAGGAUGGUGGUGUACUACUUCUACAAGAAUGUGUGCUAUGUCAACCUGCUCUUCUGGUACCAGUUCUUCUGCGGUUUCUCUGGCUCCACCAUGAUUGACUACUGGCAGAUGAUAUUCUUCAAUCUCUUCUUCACCUCCUUGCCUCCUCUCGUCUUCGGAGUCCUUGAUAAGGACGUCUCUGCAGAAACUCUCCUGGCGUUGCCUGAGCUGUACAAGCGUGGCCAGAACUCCGAGUGCUAUAACAUGCUGACUUUCUGGAUUUCCAUGGCAGAUGCGUUCUACCAGAGCCUCAUCUGUUUCUUUAUUCCUUACCUGACCUACAAGGACUCUGAUAUCGACGUCUUUACCUUUGGAACACCCAUCAACACCAUCUCCCUCGCCACAAUCCUUUUGCACCAAGCGAUGGAAAUGAAGACCUGGACCGUCAUCCACGGGCUUGUUCUCAUAGGCAGCUUCCUGAUGUACUUUGUGGUAUCCCUAGUGUACAAUGCCACCUGCCUCACCUGCAACAGCCCCACCAAUCCUUACUGGGUGAUGGAGCGCCAGCUCUCAGACCCCACUUUCUACCUCGUCUGCUUCCUCACACCGGCCGUCGCUCUUCUCCCAAGGUACUUUUUCCUGUCUCUACAAGGGACUUAUGGGAAGUCUCUGAUCUCAAAAGCUCAGAAAAUCGACAAACUCCCCAUGGACAAAAGAGACCUGGAAAUCCAGAGUUGGAGAAGCAGACAGAGGCCUGUGCCCGUCCCUGGAGAGGCUCAGCCCACUCACCAUCCAGAUCCACCUGUCCCAGAGCAGGGCUUCAGAGCCAGCACCCCAAAGAGCUCAAGGCCUCCCAAGUGGAAGUACAAGGAGGACUGGGCGCUGCAUGGGGAGAGAUGCAGCAGAGACCACAUGAGGGAUGACCCAUGUUCAGGGGACUCCUCAGCUAAACUCUCAUCUGGGGAGCACCUUCUUUUGGGGCCUGGUAAGACGAUGGCUUCUGGAGCCUACGCAAGUGGACAUACCGAUGCCUACCGGCCCUCGAGCAGGGGCAGCCAUCGCCGAUCCCAGAGUUCACUGACCAUGUGAGAGGCCUACAGAACUACGUACAAACUCAGAGGAGGUCACCCAACCACUGGCCUAAUUAACCCAUUUCCUCUUCAUGGAGGAAGGAAUGUGCCAGUCUUACUCUUUUUCCCCACCAGGCUUUACUUCCUUAGAGGGAGUGCUGGCCUUAAGGGGUUUGACAAAAAAGGACUGGAAACCAAUAGACCUCUAGUUUUCUCCUGCUGCUAAGUAGCACGUCUUGCAAACAACCGAGUUUUUAUAAGAAAGCAAUGUUU